AUGUCAGCGGAGGGAGAGAGAGUCAGUCACCUCUCUGGGAGGCGGGAAGGGGUGCGGCCAGGACACGGGCACCGGCAGUUUGCGGAAAAGAGCGAUGAAGGACAUGAGCCCAACGCGUGGGAGACUGUGGUCGCGCUACUCGUCGCUGGGUUGACAUCAACGCUCACUGGUGGACGAAAACCGUCUCGCACACGCUUGCACCAGAGGCAGGAAUCUGAUACCCGAGAGAAACGGGGACAUACUCGGGAGUCCCAAGACUCCACUGGCUGCUCUAUUGAUCCUUCGAGUUUAUGCAGCCAGGAAUGCUGGCCAGACAUCCAUCACGAACGAGCCGACCCGGUGCUGCUCCUUGCGCCUCCGCCUUCGAUUCAGACCUUCAUGAAAUACAACACACUUUCUCUGCCUUUGCCCCAAUUUUCCCUUUGGGUGGGAUUCAAUUUCGAUCCUCUUCGGUCUUGCGAGGUGGAUCUGGCGGUAAAUCAAACGGGGGCGCAGGAUUGA